ACAACUCACAAGUCACAACUAAAUAUCGUUACUUCUCUUCCCCCUUUAUAUAAUCUCUCUUUCACUUGCAUGUGACUUCUCUAUCCAUCUUAUUUCCCUAUUAUCUUAACUAUAUAUUUGCUAUUUGUAAUUUUAACCAAAACAAGGCCUUAGAAAUGAUGCCUAUAGACCAUGAUCCAACGUCUAAUACUACAAGUCCAUCUUUCAAUAUGAACCCUCAAGAUUUCCCUCCUAGUCCUCAUAUUGAUUUGCCAUUGGCCUCGGCACGAGCUGUUAGUCCUUGUUUGGAAGAGGUCCAAAGAUUCUGUCAAGACUCAAGUAGUCCUCCUCGGUUCUCUACUUUGCAUGGAUCCCUACGACCUAUCAUACUCAAGUUCCAAGAUGUUAUUUACAACAUUCAAUUGCCUCCAACGACAGAGUCUACAACUAGUCCAAGUCCAACGACCAGGGUGAUCCUAAACGGUGUAACAGGAAUUGUACGCCCUGGGGAGCUCCUAGGAAUGCUAGGUCCGUCAGGAAGUGGCAAGACUACCCUUUUGACCGCCAUUGGAGGCCGACUCCAGGGUAAAUUAUCCGGUGGUUCAAUAACUUAUAAUGGCCAUGCAUUUUCCAAAUCUAUCAAGCGCAAAAUUGGAUUUGUUACCCAAGAUGAUGUACUGUAUCCGCACUUAACAGUAUUAGAAACCUUAACUUUUACCGCCCUCUUAAGAUUACAUAAAAACCUAACUCGAAAAGACAAAAUUGAUCAAGUGGAUAUGGUUAUUUCUGAGUUGGGUCUAACAAGGUGUCGAAACACCAUGAUCGGUGGUCCCCUCUUUCGAGGGGUGUCAGGCGGAGAAAGGAAAAGGGUUAGUAUAGGACAAGAGAUGUUAGUGAACCCAAGUUUGUUAUUAUUGGAUGAACCCACAUCAGGCUUGGAUUCAACCACAGCUCAUCGAAUGAUGGCCACGCUCAAAGCUCUAGCUCGUGGAGGACGAACUAUGGUAACCACUAUUCAUCAACCUUCGAGUAGACUAUACCAAAUGUUCGACAAGGUGGUCGUGUUAUCUGAAGGCUACCCAAUUUAUUGCGGUCGAGCAAGCCAUGUGAUAGAUUAUUUUUGCUCCAUCGGGUUACCCCCCGGUUGCAAUUUCAUUAAUCCAGCUGAUUUUCUACUUGAUCUUACUAAUGGAAUUUACUCGGACACAAGGCAUGAAGAUCAAGAUGUUGAACACUAUACAAAGUUGGAGCAUCAAGAUAAUAAUAGUCCAAGUUGUAUCAAGCAAUUUCUCAUAACUUCCUAUAUGAACAACCUCUAUCCUAUCUUAAAGGCUGAAACUCACCACACAUUCGGAGAUCAAAAUCAUUCAACUCUUAAUCCAUCAUCAGGUAGUGAAGAAAAUGAAUGGAGCACAUCAUGGUGGGAACAAUUCAAAAUAUUGUUACAAAGAGGGUUGAAAGAGAGAAGACAUGAAUCAUAUUCUGGUCUAAGAAUCUUCCAAGUGUUAUCCGUUGCCAUCAUUUCUGGUCUUUUGUGGUGGCACUCCGAUGUUACUCAUAUUCAAGAUCAGAUAGGGUUACUCUUCUUUUUCUCCAUAUUUUGGGGGUUUUUCCCUUUAUUCAAUGCCAUAUUUGCCUUCCCACAAGAAAGACAAAUGCUAAUAAGGGAACGAGCCUCAGGCAUGUACAAUCUAUCAGCAUACUAUAUGGCAAGAAUAGUAGGUGACUUGCCUAUGGAACUUGUACUCCCAACCAUUUUUAUAAGCAUUACAUAUUAUAUGAGUGGGCUCAAGCCUUCACCGAUAACAUUUAUCCUUACCCUUACAAUCAUCCUGUAUAACGUGCUCGUUUCCCAAGGGCUCGGGCUAGCCCUAGGUGCGAUACUAAUGGACGUAAAGCAAGCAACAACAUUAGCCUCGGUCAUAAUGCUCGUACUUUUGCUAGCAGGAGGGUAUUACAUUCAACAUAUACCACAUUUUAUUGCUUGGUUGAAGUAUGUUUCCUUUAGUCAUUAUUGUUAUAAGCUUCUUGUUGGAGUUCAAUAUAAAGGAUAUGAAGUUUAUGAAUGCGGGUUGGAGAUUAGGUGUAAGGUGCUUGAUUAUCCUACAAUUAAGCAUCUUGGUGUUCAUAAUUUAGGGUUUGAUGUUCUUGCCCUUACUAUUAUGUUGGUGGGUUUUAGAAUUUUGGCUUAUUAUGCUCUAAAGAUGAACCAAUUGUAACAAGUGUACUAUCUUUUUAUAAAUUUACCAAGAUCUACAAGCAUAUUAUUAUAUACUCAUAUGUUUCAUUAAAUUUGCUAAAUAAUGUAAAUUAAAGUAACAGUUUUU